AUUAAAAAAGGGGGGGAGAGGGAGGCCAAGGAGAAUAAAAGGAGGCUGGGCUGCUUUGCACUGAAGAUUGGGGCGCUAUUGAAAAGCUCUUGAAAAGUGGUGUUGUCCUCCACCCGUGCGUACUUCGAUUCGGGGAGUAUAUUAGAGCCGGACAGCGGCUGCAAGAGCGGCGGCACCUUGGGAGCGUCUCUGAGCGAAAGGGACUCUGCAGGCAAGAGGCAUGCUUUUAUCAAAGAGGCCGCCGCUCACGGAGUUUUCCCUAAGUCUUUUCCUUGCGCUGUUAUGCUUGCGAGUAAAGGUGACUCUAACAUCAGGCCAGUUCGAGUUUGAGAUCAUAUCCAUGCAAAAUAUAAAUGGUGAAUUGCAAAAUGGAAAUUGUUGUGAUGGGACCCGAAACCCAAUUGAUAAAAAAUGCACCAGGGAUGAAUGUGAUACCUAUUUCAAAAUUUGCCUGAAGGAGUAUCAGUCCCUCAUAUCUACUGGGGGCCCUUGCAGCUUUGGAUCUGGAGCUACCCCCAUCAUCGGUGGGAAUAUCUUUAAUUUAAAAUACAGUCGGAAUAAUGAGAGGAACCGGAUUGUCCUCCCUUUCAGUUUUGCCUGGCCGAGAUCCUACACGUUACUGGUUGAAGCCUGGGAUUACAACAAUGACAGUGCUAAUGCAGAUAGCAUUAUUGAAAAAGCUUCACGCUCUGCGAUGAUCAAUCCAAGCCGUCAGUGGCAGGUCUUGAAGCAAAAUGCUGGCGUAGCUCAUUUUGAAUACCAGAUCCGGGUCACCUGUGAUGAACACUACUAUGGUUUUGGAUGCAACAAAUUUUGUCGACCAAGAGAUGAUUUCUUUGGACACUAUACUUGUGAUCAGAAUGGCAAUAAAACUUGCCUGGAAGGCUGGAUGGGACCAGACUGUAACAAAGCAAUCUGUCGUCAGGGUUGUAACCCCAAACAUGGUUCUUGUAAGAUACCCGGUGAAUGCAGGUGUCAGUAUGGAUGGCAAGGCCAGUACUGCGAUAAAUGCAUUCCACACCCGGGCUGUGUCCAUGGCACUUGCAACGAACCGUGGCAGUGUCUCUGUGAAACCAACUGGGGUGGCCAGUUCUGCAAUAAAGAUCUCAAUUACUGUGGGACUCACCCGCCUUGUUUGAAUGGAGGGACUUGCAGCAACACAGGCCCUGACAAAUACCACUGUUCCUGCCCAGAAGGCUAUUCGGGACAAAACUGUGAAAUUGCGGAACAUGCCUGUCUUUCGGAUCCUUGCCACAAUGGAGGAAGCUGCCUUGAAACCCCUACUGGAUUUGAAUGCGUCUGUGCGCUAGGCUGGGCAGCACCAACCUGCAUGCUUAAUAUUGAUGACUGUUCUCCAAACCCCUGUGGGCAUGGAGGGACUUGCCAAGAUCUAGUUGAUGGAUUUAAAUGUGUUUGCCCACCUCAGUGGACUGGUAAAACUUGUCAAAUAGAUGCCAAUGAAUGCGAGGGUAAACCUUGUCUCAAUGCCAAUUCCUGCAGGAACCUGAUUGGUAGUUAUUACUGCAGUUGCAUUGCUGGCUGGACUGGCCAGAAUUGUGAGACAAAUAUUGAUGACUGUGUGGGACAGUGUCAGAAUGGAGGGACUUGUAAGGAUUUAGUGAACGGUUAUCGCUGUCUCUGCCCACCUGGCUAUGUCGGGGAUCACUGCGAGAGAGACAUCAAUGAAUGCGCAAGCAACCCUUGUUUGAAUGGGGGUCACUGCCAAGAUGAAAUCAAUGGCUUCCAAUGUCUCUGCCUGGCUGGCUUCUCGGGAAACAUCUGUCAGUUGGACAUAGAUUAUUGCGAGCCCAACCCUUGCCAAAAUGGGGCCCAGUGCUUCAAUUAUGAGAGUGAUUAUUUCUGCAGCAACUGCCCUGACGAUUACGAAGGCAAGAACUGUUCCCACCUCAAAGAUCACUGCCGCUCAACUCCUUGCGAAGUGAUUGACAGCUGUACGGUUGCUGUCGCUUCCAACAGCACCCCAGAAGGGGUCCGCUAUAUCUCUUCCAACGUUUGUGGCCCGCAUGGCAAGUGCAAGAGCCAAGCGGGAGGCAAGUUUACUUGUGAAUGCAACAAAGGCUUCACUGGCACCUACUGUCAUGAAAACAUCAAUGACUGUGAGAGCAACCCAUGUAAAAACGGGGGCACGUGCAUUGACGGCAUCAACUCCUACAAGUGCAUUUGUAGUGAUGGCUGGGAGGGCACCUUCUGUGAAGCAAAUAUCAAUGAUUGCAGUAAAAGCCCUUGCCACAAUGGAGGGACCUGCCGAGACUUGGUCAAUGACUUUUUCUGUGAAUGUAAAAAUGGCUGGAAAGGAAAAACCUGCCACUCACGUGACAGUCAGUGCGAUGAAGCCACGUGCAACAAUGGAGGGACGUGUUACGAUGAGGGCGAUGUCUUCAAGUGCAUGUGCCCUGCAGGGUGGGAUGGAGCCACUUGCAACAUAGCAAGGAACAGCAGCUGCCUGCCAAACCCCUGCCAUAAUGGGGGAACAUGUGUCGUAAGUGGAGAUUCUUUUACAUGUGUCUGCAAAGAAGGCUGGGAAGGACCUACAUGCACGCAGAAUACAAAUGACUGCAGUCCACAUCCUUGCUACAAUAAUGGAAUCUGUGUGGAUGGAGACAAUUGGUACCGCUGUGAAUGCGCUCCAGGUUUUGCAGGUCCUGACUGCAGGAUAAAUAUCAAUGAGUGUCAGUCUUCACCUUGUGCUUUUGGAGCCACGUGUGUAGAUGAAAUCAAUGGAUAUCGCUGUAUCUGUCCAGCUGGUCGUGGUGGUCCCAGAUGUCAAGAAGUUUCAGGAAGACCUUGUGUUGCCAGUGGGCAUAUUAUUCCAGAUGGAUCAAAAUGGGAUGACGAGUGCAACAGCUGUCAAUGUGUGAAUGGAAAAGUCUCCUGUUCCAAGGUCUGGUGCGGUCCAAAGCCUUGUGUGAUAAAUGCCAAGGGCCACAGUGAAUGUCCCACAGGCCACACCUGUCAUCCUGUUAAAGAUGAUCACUGCUUUGUCCCACCCUGCGACAACGUAGGCGAAUGCUGGCCGUCGAAUCAACAGCCAGUGAAAAUGACCUGCAGUUCAGACUCUUACUAUCAAGAACAUUGUGCUAACAUCACCUUCACCUUCAACAAAGAGAUGAUGACCCCGGGUCUGACAACCGAACAUGUCUGCAGCGAGUUGCGGAAUCUGAAUAUCUUGAGGAAUGUCUCCCUCGAAUAUGCUCUCUAUAUCACCUGUGAGCCAUCGCAUUUGGCAAGCAAUGAAAUUCACGUGGCAAUUUCUGCUGAAGAUAUCCAGGAGGAAAAGAAUCCAGUAAAGGAAAUAACUGAUAAAAUUAUUGAUCUGGUCAGCAAACGUGACGGGAAUAGCACGCUAAUUGCGGCUGUAGCAGAAGUCCGGGUCCAGAGGCGGCCGGUUAAGAGCAAAACAGAUUUCUUGGUUCCGUUACUGAGCUCAGUUUUAACCGUGGCUUGGAUCUGUUGCCUGGUCACUGCCUUUUAUUGGUGCAUCAGGAAGCGCCGAAAGCAGAGCACUCAUACACACACCACCUCAGAAGACAACACCACCAACAACGUGCGGGAGCAACUGAACCAGAUCAAGAACCCCAUUGAGAAACAUGGGGCCAAUGCUGUGCCGAUCAAAGACUAUGAGAACAAGAACUCCAAAAUUGCCAAAAUAAGGACACACAACUCAGAGGUGGAAGAAGAUGACAUGGACAAGCACCAGCAGAAAACCCGAUUUGCCAAACAGGCAACCUACACGCUAGUAGACAGAGAUGAAAAGCCACCCAACGGCACUCCCACAAAACACCCAAAUUGGACAAACAAACAAGACAACCGGGACUUGGAAAGUGCACAAAGUUUAAAUCGAAUGGAAUAUAUUGUAUAGCAGACAGCAGGUGCUGCUGUGCAGGGCCUUUACCUAUCAAUCUAAGGCAACUCGGAGCUUGUAGUUCUUAAAACGGUUGUGUAAUAUUUUGAGUCUAAGGCUAUUAUUUGCUUAAUAUCCCUGUGUUAAUUUAAGUUUUGACAAGCUGGCUUACACUGGCAGUGAUAGUUGCUGUGGUUGGCUGGAUUACCAAGUGCUGCAUUUCACAUCUAUGCAAAACUAGUCAAAAGUGCCCCCGUGUCAAUUCAGCCACAGCUGAUGCAUCCCAGGAAGGUUUCAUAAGGAAUCGGUAGGGUUUGAUUUAGCUUUUUUCCUGUAGCGGGAAAGAAAUAUAUACAUAUUGGUGGGUUUGUUUUGUUUUGUUUUGUUUUCCUUCCUUCUCUCUCGAGAUGUCGCAAUCUGUACUCCUAGAAAAAAUGUUUUAUUUAUUUAUUGAAUUAGAGUUCUUUUGUAUAUUGGUUUUAUGGUGACAUACAACUAGUUCUGUAUUUGAAAGUGCCUUUGCAGCUCAGAACCACAGCAACUAUCAAAAAAAGUUUAUUAUUUAUUUUUUUAUUGUAAUUUUUGUUUGGGGGGAAGGGAGGGAACAAGAGGAUUCUUGUCAGCAGUUGCUGGUAAAAAAAAUGAAGAAUUGAGAGGAAAAUGUGUCCAAAGUAGAAGUUUGUAUAGUUAUGUAAAUAAUUCUUUUUUAUUAAUCACUGUGUAUAUUUGAUUUAUUAACUUAAUAAUCAAGAGCCUUAAAUAUCAUUCCUUUUUUAUUUAUAUGUAUGUGUUUAGAGCUGAAGGUUUUUCAUAGCAUUGUAAGCUUAUGGCUUCUUUCCUUUUUUUACUUUUUUUCAUUGUUACAUGUUGCCUACACGCCAAAAUUUAAAUGUUCUGAAAUCUAUUUCGUCUUAUUUUUAAUUUUUAAUGAUAGGAAGGGCUUUCUAGCCUUCGAUGCUGACUUUUUGUAUGAUGUCAAAUGUCGCUCUUUUAUUCCUUUGGAAACACCUAUAAGUAUCACAUUCAUAUUUUUUUGUAAAAUACCAGCCAAGGCAGUUAGAUCUAGACUUUUCUUUUUUUCUUUUUAUCCUGGCUGCUUUAAAGAAGGGGUGGGAGGGAAGGAGAGGAUGACAGGCAGAUCAUCUGCUUCAGAGCAGUUUAAGGGAACACAAAGGAGCUAUAACUUCUGUAGAUGAAAUGUGAGUUGUGAGUGGUUGCAUGUAAUUAAAAAAAUACUGAAUUAGUGGGUGAAGUUGGAAGCACCACAAUCCUAUUUUGUAAACUCUUGAUUUCCCCCCCACCACCACCAAGAAUAGUAAAACCACCACCUGUAGAUUUGAUUUCUUUCCUUCGUAAUCUACUAUAUGUAGAAAGUAUUCUAAUAAGCUAGUUGUUGAAUACUUGAACAGUAGAAUGUCCAGUAAGAUCACUGUGUAGAUUUGCAUAGAUUCCACUGCCCGCCUUAAAAAAAACAAGGGAAUCAAAGUGCUAUUACAAAAGUUAGAUGAUCAAAUAAUUAAAAAAAAAAGGAUUCAAACAUUGACCACUUGGAUCACAAAAGAUAACUUGUAUGGUAAUAUUAGUGUUACAUGAACAUGAAAAUACAUCUCUUGAUGUGUUACUCCUGGCAAUAAAUCUUGAAAAAUAUUUAUUAAAUUUUUUUUUGUAUAAAACUCUGAAAAAUGAGCUUCAUUUUGCUGCUGACUUCAGUGUCUGGCAAGACAUUUUUCAUAGCAUUAGCACCAGGACCCUUUCCCAACCCAGUGCCAUCCACGUGUUGGAAUACAACUAAAAAAAAUGCCCAGAUUGAUGCCACCUGUGGAGUAGGACCUUCUAAUGGCUCCUUUAAAAGAGUAUAGAGCCAUCAAUAGGGCAAGAUGAUAUUUGUGCCCCACAUAGAUACACAAUCCAACUGUGCUCUCACUUAGGUAUAUGUAAUUGCACUAGAUCCCAGCUUCCUUUGCUUGCUUGAGACUGGAAGAAACGGGGGCCUCGUGUAAUCAUGUGCAUCCACUGCCACUGUUGUGGGAAUGGGGAGUGGUCAUUUCACUACACUCUUGUCUAGAAAUUGUAAUUUAGCAUAUUUGGAGUACAACCAAUUAGGAAAGACUGGCCUCCAAUCUCACGAGCUGAGCAAUAAAGUAUAAGGCUACAAGGUGGUGGUCUCUUCAUUGACGAGCUUUAUGAUGGUGCAACUCACAUGUGAGAUUUGGCUGGGUUCAGAGAGUAUACGAAGCCAUAAUAUGGUGUGUUUGCUUUUGCAUAUUAUGUGAACCUAGCAAAUUACCAUUUAUUAAAUCAUGGUUAAGCAAA